AUGAGUGAAGAAGAAAACGACACCCAGUUUUCUCCUACGGGCGAUGGUUUACUUCACCGGCAACCAUUUUUACCGGAUGAACUUGUUUUUGAAAUCCUCUCGAGGCUUCCGGUGAAAACCCUCCUGCAAUACAAGUGCGUGUGUAAAUCAUGGAAAACCCUAAUCUCCGAUCCUCAGUUUGCACAAACUCACCUUCGGAACUUAAUCUUGGAUCCAACCGUAACCUAUCAACGAUUUUUCUAUAACCCGAAUAUUGUACAGUGCAAAAUUGCAUCUAUCCCUUUGAAGCCAUUAUUGGAAAACAUAUCAGAGCCUCCUAAAGCUAUUAAGUUCAGUAUGGAACACAAGUAUCGUAUUCUUGGUUCAUGCAAUGGGUUGUUGUGUCUAUUUUUUGUCAAAGAAGGUUAUGUUAGAUUGUUGAACCCUUCUAUCGAAUGGAAAUCCAAAAAAUCUCCAACCCUUGAUUCUUAUGAAUCUCAUAAAUAUUGGAUCACAUAUUAUGGCUUUGGCUAUGAUCAUGUGAAUGACAAAUACAAGGUUCUAGCAGUUCAUGCUAAUGAAUUUGGUGGAAAAGUGAUACAAAUUCAUACUUUUGGUGAAAAUUCUUGGACAACUAUUCCGAAUUUCCCUCUUCCUGUCGGUAGCGUUUCAUGGUCAGGGAGGUUUGUGAGUGGCACUCUGAAUUGGGUAGGUAACAGUUGCAGUUCUAACCGAGACGUGAUUCUUUCUUUUGAUCUUGCAAAUGAGACUUAUAAGGAAGUGUUGCUGCCUGAACCUGAUGGUGUCAAUGUCAGCAAGCCCGUGCUGGGUGUUUUGAGUAACUGUCUUUGUGUAUGUUUUGACUCCAAUAAUACUCAUUGGGAUUUUUGGUUAAUGAAAAAAUAUGGAAUUGCUGAGUCCUGGACUAGAUUGAUGAUCAUCCCUCUUAACAAGAUAUGGCACUGCUUACAAUCCCGGCCUUCUUUUAUUCAACCCUUGUUCAUGUCUGAAAAUAGUUCUGUUUUUCUGAGAACAUAUAGCAAAUUUUUCCUAUAUAACUUAAAUAAUGGUAGAUUGGAUUGCUUUCCAGGUUAUUAUGAGUUUGAUCAUCAUAUUUACUACGAGAGUCUCGUAUCACCAAAAUUUUGA